CAUAAACUCAGUCCAUAAUAACAAGACAUACAUAUACACAACAAUUAUAUAACAAAGCUGAGAAGAAAUAAUGUCUGAGCCGACACAAGAAGAGAAGGAACAGAAAUCUCAACAGUUACAACAACAGUACAAUCGAUUUCAAGAGAAUAUUGCUGAAUUAGAGACUCAAGUAUCUAAUCUAGCUUCACAAAUUCAAGAACAUAUUAUAGUAGAUAAUACAUUAUCAUCAAUAGAUCCAGAUAAGAGACAAGGUAGAAAAUGCUUUAAAAUGAUUGGAGGAGUGUUAAUUGAUAAAUCCGUGGAUGAAGUUAUUAAGAUACUUAAUGAAGAAUUGAAAACAUUAACAGCAGAUAAAGAGAAAGUCGAAAAGGAAUUACAAAAGAAUAGAUCUGGAUUACAAGAUUGGUUAAAGAAUAAUCAUGUUAAGAUUAUAAAGGGUAACCAAUAGAUUAUUCUAGUUAUCGUGUAUAUACGUUUCAUCUCAUAUAAUGUACAAUAAUAGAAAUUAUAAUAGUAACAAUUACAAUUA